ACAGCUACAAGAGUGGGAGUCAACCCUAAAGAAGUUUGGGAGUCAAACAAGAACAAUAGGUUCUUCUUCAAGCGUUUGGAGAGCAUCUUGGCGAACAACCAUGGAAGCUCAGCUAAAGAAGGAGCUGGGAACAUCCAUGCUGAAGUCAACUGGCCAUUCUGGAGGAGGUUGUAUCAGCCAGGGACAGAGCUUUGACACUGACCACGGGAGAGUGUUUGUCAAGAUCAACCACAAGAGUCAGGCGAAGCGUAUGUUUGAUGGGGAGUUGGCUAGCUUGGAAGCCAUCGUCAUGACAGACACAGUGAAGGUCCCCAAGCCUGUCAAGGUGAUAGAGCUGGAUACAGGAGGGGCUGUGUUCGUCAUGGAACAUGUUGACAUGAGGGGUCUCAGCAGGCACUCUAAGCAGCUGGGAGAGCGUCUGGCUGACCUGCACCUACACAACCAGAGACGCAGGGACAGACAGAACAAGGAACAGCAGACAGUUGGAAAAGGACCUGAUGUUCCUGUCAUUGACCAGUUUGGGUUCCAGGUUCCCACUUGCUGUGGAUACCUCCCUCAGGAGAAUGAGUGGCAGAGUGACUGGGUGACAUUCUACUCUCAGCACAGACUACAGCACCAACUCAACAUGGUGGAGAAGUCUUAUGGAGACAGAGAGGCCAGGGAACUAUGGUCCCAGCUACAGCUGAAAAUCCCUCAGCUAUUUACCGACAUCGAGGUGUUCCCCUCCCUGCUUCACGGGGACCUGUGGGGGGGGAACGUAGCAGAGUGUCCCGACGGCCCUGUCAUUUUCGACCCCGCCUCCUUCUAUGGCCACGCUGAGUACGAGCUGGGCAUCGCCGGGAUGUUCGGAGGGUUCAGCGACUCCUUCUACUCUGGGUACCACAACAAGAUCCCCAAGGCCCCGGGGUUUGAGACGAGGAAUCAGCUGUAUCAACUGUUCCACUAUCUGAACCACUGGAAUCACUUUGGUGGAGGAUACAGAGGGUCCUCGCUGAGGAUCAUGAAGGAUCUGGUCAAAUACUGACCACUGAUGAUGUACAACUACACUACCCACAAUGCUCUGUAAAACAUAGACACACCAAUGACACUGACCAGCUUGAAUGACCUCACAAAGUCUUCCAUCCAGAAAGGAACAAAUCAUUUUUGGGUCAUAAUAUUAGUUAUUUCGAAAAGAAAGAAACAAGACAACUAUGAUCCUAUGGUAUAGAAGAGAGAUUCCACGAAACCCAUUCCAUAUUCCUCUUGAUCUUGAAAUGCUUGAGAAAUAAUAAAAAUGUUUGAGCUAACAUUCCACAGCUGUUUGAAAGCAGAAGUGAUUUUAAUACUCUAGUGUAAGACUAAACAUAGAGUAUUGCACAUCCAUUUGCUUAAAUAAACAUAAACAGCAAGCAAGGUUGUGAUCUGUUUGAGUUGUAACAGUUAGCUUUGUUAAAAGCUGUGUUAAUACUAAGAAUGCAAUGAUAAAUAAAGUACAUUACUUCCUCUACUGUGACCA